UUCCCGAAAAUGGACCACAACGGUAUCGACGCGUUGGUCCUCGAGAGACUGCUGGCCUUGGCGAAAGUCCUCCACACCAUUCUUCCAGCCGAAGAUGAUGACAUCUCGUCUCUCAAGAUCGCUAAGUGCAUCCAACCUCAGCAACUUCUGCAACGGGACAAGGCGCAGGUGACGUGUGCCACGUCCCGCACGGAGCCGGGGCCACCGUGUCGGCAUGCGCGUGAACUCGGGGUGGAGGCGACCGGCGUGACGGUGGGGCGUGACGGACGAACGAGCAGCGGCGGCCAAGGUCGUCAUCCGGAGGCGGCCAUGUUACGUGUUACAAUUGCAGCCUGCCGGGGCACGUGUCAUCGGGCUGCCGUGUACCACGAUGGCGCCCCCCAGCUUCGCCACCAUCCUACGCUUCCCUACACCCUAAGACUCAAUCACAUGGAUCAGACACACUCGGCACAACCUGAUGCUAAAAGACACCAAUGUGGGCAGUGUCUGUACAACACGGAUCACAUUGGCAACAUGAAGAAUCAUGAGAGAACACACACUGGAGAAAGGCCCUUCAAGUGCCCCACGUGUGGGAAUGGAUUUUCCGAGGCAGGAUCUCUUAAUGUUCAUCAGAGAACACACACUGGUGAGAAGCCCUUCAAGUGCACUGUGUGUGUGAAAACAUUCACAAAUUCAGGAAAUCUUAUUAUUCACCAAAGAACGCACACAGGCGAGAAGCCCUUCAAGUGUACUGUGUGUGGGAAGGCAUUUACCCGGUCAGGAUAUCUUAAUAUUCACCAGAGAACACACACAGGCGAAAAGCCCUUCAAGUGCACUGUGUGUGGGAAUGCGUUUAACCAGUCAGGAUCUCUUCGUAUUCACCAGAAAUCACACACAGGUGAAAAGCCCUUCAAAUGCACUGUGUGUGGAAAGGCAUUUACAUGGCCAGCAGAUCUUCAUAUUCACAAGAGAACACACACAGGCGAGAAGCCCUUCAAGUGCUCUGUGUGUGGGGACACAUUUAUAAAGUCUUCACAUCUUCGCAAUCAUCAAAGAAUACAUACAGGAAAAAAACCCUUCAAGUGCACUGUGUGUGGUAAAGCAUUUGCACGGUCAGGAGUCCGGAACAAGCAUGAGAAGAUCCACAAGGAGAAAAAAGUAAAAUCACCAAGUGAAAUUCAGAGUGUUGCUAUGAGCUUAUCUAUCGUGAAACAAGAACCAGAAGAAAAAUCCAGCUUUGCAUCGUGGCCAGAAGUGAAGGUGAAAUGUGAAGAAGUGAAGCUGGAAUGUGAAGAAAUGAAGCUGGAAUGUGAAGAAGUGAAAGUGAAAUGUGAAAUAUUAAAGGUGAAAAGUGAAGUGAAAUGUGAAGAUGAAGAUUCGACUUCAGGACCCAACCUCCAGGUGCAUGGUGGCAACGUGAAGCAGGAGGAGGAUUCGGACUGUAAGGGAGAGGGAGGCGAUCCCCAGAAGUUUGUGGAUGUGGAGGUGUGGGUCGACUUUUUGGAAAAAGCAGAAUAGGAGGGCCCUGCACAUGUGAAGUGUAGUCCGGGAAGAUCUGUAACCAAGAGUGACACAAAAAAGUUCCAUAGCAUUCACCUUAUUUACAGACUCGGCGGCACCGAGCCAGUUAUCAUAACCUGGGGCAAAGCCCUGGACAGGGAUUAAGUAUGAAACUCAAAUAUGCUUGUCCAGUUUAUCAUAAUAUGAGGCAAAGCCCUGAACAAUCAGUGACUGGCAAGGAAUGUGGAUCAGGGUAUAAGAGACGAGAGCAAGAGAGGUGAGUUCUGGAUGCGGAGUGCUGAAGCCUGGUGUACUACCUGCUGUAAGACCUGAGACGUUACCUGUGGGUCAUCUAAAAACGACACUUUCUGAGCAUGAUGUGAGCUAAAUCCUUUCAUCUGGUGGCCUUGAUGGGAUCAUGUUUCAAGGACACUGCAUAGUGGGUUCAGCAGGAGACUCCGGGGGAGAGGAGGAACAGCAGCAGGUGGAGACUCAGAAUCCUGGGGAACCCCACCAGCUGAGCUCUCUCCAUGCGCCCAAGAGGAUACUCACCAGGACUCUUGAAGACCUGGAUGCUGACAUGGCUGGCCAGAAAAUAAACACCACCGAGGGGCAAAGGAAGAUGGCCCCAAAUCUACGACAGGGUCAGUUGUUUGGCCAAGAUGAUGACGAUUCUUGUGAGAUAGCUGACGUGAAGGGGCCUUCUCGACACAUCGCCCCAGCGGUCUCCAGAGAGGUGCAUCCCUCAUUGAGGAUAGUUGCGCGGCUCCCCACCAAGCUCGCCACGUCUCCGUUUGUGACGGUCCUGGCCAGGAGGUGCGCUGCAGACACUGGAAGCCGGGGCCCAUCAGGAGGAGAGCACGGAGGACUAGCAGCCACCCCCAUUGCAGGUGGAGGUUGUGACCCCUCAGCAGUGCCUCUCGGGCCUGCGAGCAGGGGCGGCUGAGUUCAACCCACAGUGAUUGAAUAGAGUUUGUUAGGUGAUUCGGAUCUGCGUAUCACGCUCAGGACUGGCGGGAAUUUGAGUCUUUUAAAUCACUUGCCACCGUCCUCAACGAUGAAGCUCUCAGCGUCAAUUCAAAGGCCAAUUCGAUUCCAAGUCAGCAUUGGCUUAUUGGGGAAUCCUCAUGCUCGCCAGGAAAGCCUUCCCAAAAGUCGACAAGAACAUCGACUACAUGGUAGCCGAGCAUCUUGUUAGUUACACCAGGAGGACUGAUAUCCUCCUGUCCAUCACAAGUGCUUCUCUAUGGGUCGCUCAGAAUAUACGAGAGUAUGAAGACCGAAGGGGCCCAGUGCAGAUCCUAGCCCAAGUUGGGGAGGUGACAAGCACAACAACAGGGAACAUCUCCACAGGAGUUGGAAGGCACAAGGCAACACCCGAUGCUGCAGCUCCAGAGACAAUAGGGACAAUUUUCCUCAGAAGCUGGAAGAAGUGGUGGCUGCUGCCAUCUGGAGAUUGGUCUGCAGCGCAGAGGGAGCCGACACAUUACCCAUGAAGAUGGCCAUCAAGGAACUCGGGGACCCGAAGCCAGACCCAGGGUCCAGUAAUCUACCACUGCUAUGGCCAAGGAGGCUACAUCGUCAUCAGGUGGCAAACCGAUUCUGCUCCACCUGGGUUUUCUUCUCGUGAACCACGGCCGACUACUUCUGCAGAUGGAACCCAGGCGAGUUGUGGCAUCUCGGGCCCCCAGCGACAUCCAACACAUUCACAAUCACAGGGUCCCACGAGCCAUACCAGACACCAAUGUAACAUCACCUACACGGCCAGGACCAAUACCCCAUGAUGAACAUAAUCAUCCAUAGCCCAUGUCGAGAACUCUAGCACAGGUUAGCCAGAUGGUUGGUGGGACCUCGGGGACAUCACUGUUCACAGGCUUCGUGGGAGGGGUCAAUGUAUGGAUUCUGGUAGACACAGGGGCAGCGGUGACCAUUAUGUCCACACGUGUUUUUGACAUACUGCCACCCAGAGUCCAAAAACUACACCCUGUACACACCCAAUACAUAGCAGCUAAGGGGUGGUCUAUGGGAAUACUGGGGAAGGUGGAGGCCUCUGUGCAUUGGAGGACUGUCCUUUUCAGGACCGAUAUUAGUCUCCAGCACACGGUGCCCUGCCUAUUAAGGACAGAUUUUCGAAGGAAAAUACCCCUAAAAAUACACAUCGGAUACUGCCUCUAUAUAUAAAAAUACACCAUCGGAUACUGCCUCUUUCUUAAAACCAACGAACCAAAGGACAGCAAAGCCGCAUUACAUGCUCUCAUAAGUCAGGACAUAACCAUUCCACCUUAAGUAAAAACACUCAUUCCAGUUCGCUGCCGCACACCUCUCGCCGCAAACCGAUCAAACUCGCACCUCAUCAUUAUGCCGGUCACCAAAACCAUUGAACAACAUGCGUUGAUAGCUGCAGAUACAUUACUUAGGAGGGAUCAACAACUAUUUAUACAGGUGCGUAAUACCACUGAGACGCACACUAAGGUACAUGCAGGGACCCUGAUUGCAACCAUUGCCCCCUUACUUACUGGGCUGCACAGUCACUGGCCCGCCAUAGUAGGGGCCGUUCAACAACCAGAAUCCAAACACAAUGAUGGAUGGAUGGACACUAUGUCCUUGUGGAACGCGGAGGUAGCUGGACAGGAAUUUAACCACCUUCGCCAAUUAUUGCAUGAGUAUUUAGACAUUUUUAGCCGGUGCACUUAUGACAUUGGACGGACCUCUGUCCUAAAACACCACAUCAAGACAGGAGAUGCCGCUCCGAUUCGAUUAAAUUCCCACACGAUGAGCCCCAAGGAAAAGGCACAAAUCCAAGAGUGUGCAGGAAUUACUCUAGACAAAAAUCACCUGAGGUACUGGUGAAAAAAUCUAAUGGGUCCUCCCGAUUCUGUGUUGACUUCCAGUGCCUCAACAACAUCACUCUAGUGGAUCUGUAUCCUUUCCCAAUGAUAGAUGGCUCUCUGGAUACCUUCUCUGGGCCCAUAUUUUUCAGCACCUUGUCCUGCAGAUUUUGGCAAAUGCCACUAGCGAACGAGUCAAGACCAAAAAAACUUUUUCGGACACCACAGGGCCUAUUUGAAUUCAAUGAUCUUCUAAUAAGCUUAAAUACAGCCCCCACAACCUUUCAGAGGUUGAUGGAAUUUGUUAGGUUUCCACUGGUUGAUAUACCUAGACGACGUCAGAGUGUUCAGUCAGACAGUCGAUGAACAUCUGAACCGCUUGCGACAGGUUUUCACCAGGGUGAGGGAUGCACAUUUGAAGUCCAAAGCCUAUAAAAUGUUGUUAGGGCCGCUGGCCCCCGGGUCCCCUCCCGACAAGGGGCCAGCCAGAGGGGGCCCGCCGUCCCCGGACUGCUCACUCGCGUGAGAGCUGCCGCUGCGCAGGUCCUCGCUGGCGGAAGAAGGGCUGCCGCUCGCCGGCUCUCCUCCCUGAGCCGCACCCCCGCGAGUCCGCGGAUCCUGCCUGUGAGGCAUAGCUCGGGGCUGGCGCACGGCUGCCUGGAAACACUCUGUUGCUUCCCCAGCCAAUCAAACGCGACGUCUCCGCUCGCACAAUCCCGCGCACCAAUCACACGCGCUGAAUGAGGGGUCAGGGGUCGGAGGGCAAAUGACGUCACUCGCGCACGUGUGGCCGCCGGGGGUGUAAUAGAACUCGUUUAAAGGGCCGUGGGACAGGUGUUCGAAGUGGGUGUGAGCCCUCACGCAGCACGGGUAUCCACGGCUACCGAACGGAGCAUGCACCCGCGGAAGCACCGACCACCCACGUUACGAGCGCACACACACAUAGCACCAAGCGUUUUCCACACGCUCACAGAAUUCACACGAGGCUGUGACCAAUUACUCAGCGUGCACCCACGAAAGCGCCAACCGUACACGUACGAGCGUACACACACAGCACCACGCGCUUUCCACACGCUCGCAGAGUUCACACGAGGCUGUGAUCAAUUACUCAGCGUGCACCCGCAUAAGCGCCGACCGCACACGUACGAGCGUGCGCACACACACAGCACCACGGGCAAUGCCAUUUAAUACAGACGUCCAUCAAGUACUUGGGCCACAUUGUAAGUGCCAACAGAGUUGCCACUGAUCCCCCAAAAACAGAAUGCGUACACAAUUGGCCAAAACCCACAUCAGUCACAGCGUAUGCAUGUUCGUAAGCUUUGUCUCCAAUUACCACUACUUCGUACCUUAAUUCGCAUCAAUUGCUAAACCACUAAAUGCCAUUGCAGGCUAAAAUCUGAUAUUCGUAUGGGGCCCAUAACAACAAGACUCCUUCGCCUAAUUUCUCUCGUAUAGGUGCUCCGCCACUCGCAUAUCCAGAUUUCUCCCUGCCAUUUAUCUGAGAUAAAAACGCCGGCGACAUUGGGGUGGGUGCAGUCCUCUCCCAAAUACGGGGCGGUCAUGAGAUGGUUAUCGCAUAUGGGAGCAGGGUCGUGUUAGCAUCAGGAUGAUGCUACUGUGUUACUCGUAAAGAACUACUAGCCAUGGUGCAUUUCGUUCAACAAUUUACGCUUUAUUUACAUGUCAAAAAAUCACUUAGGUCAGAACACGCCGCCCUGAAUUAUACCCUUCGAAUCGACCAGCCUUCAAGCCAAUUAGCUAGAUGGGUUUAAAAACUACAGGAGUUCACAUAACACAUUCCUGCGGAGGGAGCUGGUAGGAACGUUGGGUUGCUUGGUCAAUGGCCAGGGUCAACGGCGGUGUGGUGUAUUCCGCAAAUAUGGCGGACUGUGAGGGCGGGCACAAGCUGGCGUGAGUAGGUUAAACGUUGAAUUUUAUAAGGGCACCACGGGGUGACCAGCCCCUCCCUGUCCCACCCCUCCCACCCCCACCUAGCCCCUCCUCACCCUCCCCACCCAGCCCCUCCCUGCAUGACGGACGGACACAAUAAUCCCCUGUGGGCUGGUGGAACCAGUGGGUUCCUCCCAGUAUGAUAUUGUACAUCAGAAGGGGCUCAAACAUUUAAAUGUCGAUGAUGCUCUAUCUCGCUUGCCCCUCACAAAUCUACGUGCAGCCAUGAAGGGGCAGCGACGCGCAGGCCCCUUCAUACACAGAUAGUGGAUACUCUUGCACCAGUACAGACCAUGGCGAUGGGUGAACCACCUGCCUGUUACUGACCAUGAUCUAGGAUUCACCAGGGCUGAUUGAAUUAGCCUGCAAGGCCAGGACACCUCCCUCAGGUGUUUAGCCGAAACACCCCACUAUGUUAGGCCAGCCUACAGCACCGGGAAAGGCUUCCCACAACUUUGUACAGGACAAACUGUUAAUGUGGUGGGACACGCAGUUACAGCGAACCCGGAUAAAUGUGCCUUCUCUUGUCCGAAAAACUUUUUCGACCAUGUCCAUGGGGAAAAAUUGCUCUACCUAGAAUAUAAAAAGACCCCAGAAACAUGCCAGAAGCAUUACUUCUGGGGAGCCCUGAGUACGGAUAUACGCCCAUGCACACGCCCGAACCUACUGCCGCGAAAACCUCAAGUUCUGCUACAGUCCAUUUAUGUAUCCCGUGUGAACAAAAUAGUUGCUCUUGACAUGUUACGGAUGUUUCCACACACUUCGAGGGGGAAUACAUAUAUCUUUGUCGGGAUUGAACACCUCACCAGAUAGCCUGUGGUCUUGGCCCUCCCCGACCAAAUGGCCAAGUCCAUAGCAGAAGCAUUCUUAAAUGGCUAUGUCGUUGACAAG